GAAGGCUCGUGCAAAGAUCACAUGUAUUAUGCAAACUGCUGCUUGAACAAGGUACAACAUUGUGGAUCCUAUGGACAGGAGGUGUGUCAGAAGACUGUGUCCAGAGGAUGGGCGAAGGAAAAUUGCCCUAUGUUCUGUAACGUCUGUCCAGGAGUAAUGACUGGUACAGGAGGGACAUUUACCGAUAAUUGCCCCACAUGUACCGGUACAGGAGCUACAUCUACCAGUACAGGAGGGGCAUUUACCGGUACAGGAGGGGUAAUGACUGGUACAGGAGGGGACACUCAUAACACAGGAAUCCAGCCGCUGCACAGUGCAGCUCAUACAGUUUGGGAGAGCAGUUAUGUUCGUGCCAAAUUUCCCGAAACCUGGCUGUGGGCAUCUGAAAAUAUCGGAGCCUCUGGCUAUGCUACAAUUCCAAUCACGGUUCCAGAUUCAAUAACAUCUUGGGUAGCUUCAGCCUUUUCUGUGAAUAGGAAUUCCGGAUUAGGUAUUACAGACGCAAUUUCGAAGUUGACGGUUUUUCGUCCAUUCUUCCUUUCUUUAAUUAUGCCAAACCAUAUUAUCAGAGGAGAAGAAGUUGUCUUACAGGUCAUCGUGUUUAACUACUUGAAUGAAAAUUUAACAGUGUUAGUAACUCUUGAACAAAACAGAGAUUUCCUCACUAUCGUCGUUGAUGACCUAGGCUAUGAACACCUCGAAAUCAUUACCAAAUCAUUAAGUUUUCAGGUUUGCUCUGAGUGCUCAGAGACGGUGUAUUUCCCGAUUAUUCCCAUCACGAUUGGUGAUGUUAAUGUAGAGGUGAAAGCCCAGUCAGUAAUAGCAGCAGAUGCCGUGAGAAGACAAAUCAGAGUGGAGCCUGAGGGUGUUUUGAAGGAACGCACUGAAUCGCACAUUGUCAGCCUUAACAAUGGAGCAACUUUUUAUCACAAUACUACAAUUGAGUUUCCUUCUUCCGUAGUUAAAGGCUCAGAACAAGUGCAAAUUCUAGUAACAGGCGAUUAUAUGGUUCCUUCAAUAAAGGGUCUGGAGAAAUUAAUAACAUUGCCGACAGGAUGUGGUGAACAAACGUUGAUAGGAUUUGCACCCGAUGUCUUCAUUUACGAAUACCUUAAAAAGUCGGGUCAACUUACCGCCAAGUGGAAAAGGAUAUUGAUAGAUUACAUUGAGAAAGGAUACCAGAGGGAAUUGUCUUUCCAGAGAUAUGAUGGAUCGUACAAUUUCUGGUAUAGUGGUUCAUCGAGUAUUUGGCUGACGGCGUAUGUUCUCAAAUGCUUUGCUCAAGCAGCUAAACACAUAGACAUUAACACAGAAACACUUCAAAAAACUCAAAAAUGGUUGAUUGGACAACAGAGAUCUGACGGCUACUUCUAUGAACACGGAGAAACCUAUGAUAAGCAGAAAGGAUAUCUUAGCGAAAAGGCGAAUCCUGCCUUUGCUUUGGUUGCUCUUGCUGAAAGCAGUCGUAUCAUUUCUAACAACGAGUCACUUACUGCCAUGCAAAAGGCCAGGCAUUAUCUUGAACGGAACAUUCAGUUGAUGGUUGAUCCAUACGAAGUCGCCCUGUCAGCUUAUGCCCUGCUUCUCUCUGGAAGUCCCAUGGCGGAGUCUGCUAUUAGAAAACUAGAAGGCUGUGAAGGUGAGGCUGAUGUCGUCUUUCUGGUCGACUCCAGCGCAAGACUUGGGAAGGAGGGUUUUCAACUUACAUUGCAGUACAUCGCAAAUAUGAUCAACAGAUUCACUGGGAAAACCAGAGUGUCUCUUAUAACGUUUGGUUUAAAUACACACGAAGUCUUUUCACUAAAUUCUUACAGAGAUAUUAUUGCCAUCAAGGCAGCAAUACUCAUGGCUCCAUAUAGACCUAGUAUGACCAUAGACUCUUACAAGGCAUUAAGGUAUAUGCAACAAAACAGUUUUCGAGAGGCAAAUGGAGGCCGGAGGAACGCUAGCAAAAUUGUGAUCUUAAUGACGGCAAACCAUUUAACCAACCCGUCUCAAACUGCCACAGUGUCUUCCGAACUUCGAAGUGCUGGAGUAAUUCUUUUUGCCGUUGGAAUUGAAAAUGCUUGGUUUUUUUUGGAUGAAUUGGUUAAAUUCACUGGAGAUUUCAAAUCAGUAGAAUAUACCGGUGGUUUGUCCAAUCCCUUCGAGUAUACAGAACCAGUAAAUUUUGGUGUCUACAACUGUAAAGUUUACGGGAUUGAACAGCCUUGGACAGCUAGAGGAAAGGAUUCGAGUUUUCUUACGGCUAGUACCUAUGAUAUCGAAACAGCUUCGUAUGCAUUGCUUUAUUACAGCAAUAAGAAGCAGUAUCCUAAAGCAAAGAAUGUCAUGAAAUGGAUCUUAGAACAAAGAAAUGCUUUAGGAGGUUUCAUGUCCACACAGGAUACUGUAAUUGCUUUACAAGCCCUGAGUGAGAUGAGUGUUUGGGGUGAUUUCAAGUCGAUGGAUAUAUAUGCUUACACUCCCAAUGAAGAUCACUAUUUUCUCAUUCGUGACGAUAACAAAAUGGUUCUUCAAAAAUAUCAGCCCUCUACAAUUCCUCCAUUUAUAAAUAUUUCUGCCCAUGGAGAGGGCGCUGCCUUAGUACAGGUUGUUGUAAAAUUCAACGUCAUGGAACAACAAGAAAGACCAGCAUUUACACUGGAUAUUUUGAGUACCAUGGAAAGCAUGGACAUAAAUAAAAUUCAAGUUUGUGCAAGGUAUAAUGGUACAUCGGGGUUUGGAAGUGGUAUGACAAUUAUAGAAUUUGGAAUACCCUCUGGAUUUGACGUAGAUUUCGACAACAUUUUGGGUGAUGAAUUGAAAAAGAAAGAGGAAGUCGAUAACAAACUGGCACUUUAUUUUGAUCAAAUAAAAACAAAAACAGAAAGUUGUUUAAACUUAACACUUAUCAGAAGCUCUAUGGUGGGUAAGGUCAAACCUUCUCCUGUCCGUGUCUACGAAUAUUACAAUCCAAGUAAUCAAGUAACUAGUUUCUACACACCACUCUUGCUACAAAAGUCCAGCUACUGUGAUGUAUGUCCACAGUGCAAAUGUGCAAAGCACAGAAAAUGAGGUCCCUUCUAAAAAUUGGAAUCUAUGACGUUGAAAGUUGAUUAUACAUACCGGUAUUUUUAAAAUUAAAUUUGAUC